GAAGUGGCAACCAAACACGCCCUCAAUGACCAAAUGUUCGCUCGCUGGAGGCCGGAAAGAAAAGGCAAUCGGUUCCGCUUCUCCACGACCAUCGGUCGCCGCAGCCAUAGCCGUUCACCACCGCCGCCGCCGCCGCCUCCACUCUACUCCCAUAAAACAAAAGUGUCCCCGGAAGCCAAACCUUUCGCUUCGACCCGCGGCGCCCUAGGAAAAGCCGAACCCAACCCGCGCCCUAGGAAAAGCCGAACCCAACCCUAACCCUAGCCCGAGGGCUCCUCGCCGGUGUCGGCGAUGGAGACUACUGAGUCGGAGCCGGCACCGGAGCUUUCCGCGGAGGAGGAGAUGGCGCUCAUCCGAGAUAUCACCGCCGCCGCGGAGGCCCACGCCAAGGAGGGUGACAUCUUCUUCCUCAUCACAAACAGGUGGUGGCAAAGUUGGAUUGACUAUGUUAUUCAUGAUUUGGCUGGUGUACCAAGUAAUGGUUAUCAUCAUGAGUUCGGUUCAAAUACUCCUAGAAGGCCAGGAGCUAUUGACAAUACAAAUUUGUUGGAUGACAUGGCAUCUGAAGUCUCCGACAUGCAGAUUGAGCUACAUGAUACCUUGGUUGAAGGCCGUGAUUAUAUAUUGCUCCCUCAGCAAGUCUGGGAAAAGCUGCAUAGUUGGUAUGGUGGAGGGCCAACACUACCAAGAAAAGCAAUCAAUACUGGCUUGUCUCAAACUGAUCUAGCCAUAGAAGUUUAUCCUCUACGUCUGCAGUUACUUCUGAUGCCGAAAGGAGAGCAAGCUGUAGUAAGGAUAAGCAAGAGGGUUACAGUUGAUGUGCUCUGUAAGAAGGCGUGUGAGGUUUUUGAUUUGGUACCAGAUGAGGUGUGCAUCUGGGACUACUAUGGUCGAACAAAGCAUGCUUUGAUGGAUAACUUGGAGAAAACUCUUGAUGAUGCCAACAUUCAAAUGGAUCAAGAUAUUCUCGUUGAAGUCACCACUGAUGCAAAUGGUAGUUUGGAUGGUGCGUGCAUGAGUUCGAUCCAAGAAGAUUAUUUUGGAAGCGCAUCAACUUAUUUGAUGACAGAUGCGUCAAAAUCAGGAUUCUCGAAUGAGAAUUUAGCAUCACUCUGUUAUGGUUCCAGAAGCUACAGCUCGAGUCUCAUGCAAAGCCAGUACCUGCGCUCUUCCAGUGGUGACUUGGAUAAUGUUCCUGGUACUGUUGGUGUGACCACCAGGGGAUCUCCGUCAGGUCUUACUGGGCUACUUAACUUGGGAAACACAUGUUUCAUGAACAGUGCUGUACAAUGUCUUGUGCACACACCAGAGUUUGCUAGAUAUUUUCGUGAAGAUUACCACUGUGAAAUUAAUUGGCACAAUCCUCUGGGUAUGGUGGGUGAACUUGCAUUAGCUUUUGGAGAGCUACUGAGAAAACUUUGGGCUCCUAGCCGUACGCCAGUGUCUCCACGACCAUUCAAAACAAAGUUGUCUCGGUUUGCACCUCAGUUCAGUGGAUACAACCAACACGAUUCACAGGAGCUGUUGGCAUUCCUCCUGGAUGGACUGCAUGAAGACUUGAACCGUGUGAAACAUAGACCUUACUUAAAAUCCAAAGAUGCUGAGGGACGAUCAGAUGAAGAGGUUGCUGAUGAGUAUUGGGCAAAUCACAUUGCCAGAAAUGAUUCUAUCAUUGUUGAUGUAUGCCAGGGGCAGUACAAGUCAACUUUGGUCUGUCCAGUAUGUGGAAAGGUUUCAGUGACAUUUGACCCAUUCAUGUAUCUUUCCUUACCUCUACAAUUUGCUUCAACGCGGAGCAUGAGUGUUGUGGUUUUCACUUGUGAUGGGAGUGCUCCACCAAUACCAUACACUGUAAGUGUACCCAAGCAAGGUAGGUGCAGGGACCUUAUCCAAGCACUCAGCAACGCAUGCUCGCUUCGAAAUGAAGAGAGACUUCUAAUCGCCGAGAUACGUAAUCAUAGGAUCCAUCUUAUUCUCGAGGAUCCAGUGCUCCAGCUUUCUACAAUUAAAGAUGAUGAUCACCUGGCAGUUUAUAGGCUUCCAAGAUUGGAAAAAAGGGCAAGUUAUGUUCAAUUUGUGCAUCGCCGUGAAGACUUGGACCUUGGAAACAAUAGCAGCUCAACCUCUUGGAAGCCAUAUGGUGUUCCUCUUCUUGCACAAAUAUCUCGCAAUGAAACUGUCACCGGUUCUGAUAUCCAUGAGAUGGCCCGUAAAAUGCUUGUGCCCAUGUUCAGAAAUCAUGUGGCACAACAUUCGGCAGUUCAAAGUUCUCUUUCCACAAGAACACAAAGCUAUCACACUGACAGCAGCAAAUUUCAGCUACAGUUGAUUGAUGAUAGCAACACAGUGAUUGAGCAAACUGAUUAUGCUAUCAGGGUUCCGCAGUCUUCGGUUGCAACUGUUAUUUUUGUCAACUGGUCCAAGUUAGAUAUUAAAAAGUUGAACACUAACCAUUUGGAGCACCUUCCAGAGGUGUUUAAGUAUGCUCCUCCCGCCAAGAGAACCCGUGGUGAACCUCUCUCACUCUAUGCAUGCUUGGAUGCUUUCUUGAGAGAAGAACCACUUGUUCCUGAAGAAAUGUGGUACUGUCCGAGGUGCAAGGAGCAAAGGCAAGCUAGUAAAAAGCUUGAUUUAUGGAGACUACCAGAAGUGUUAGUUAUUCAUUUGAAGAGAUUCUCAUUUAGUAGGUCAACUAAGCAUAAGCUGGAAACUUUUGUUAAUUUCCCAAUACAUGACUUGGAUUUGACAAACUACAUUGCUAAUAAGAUACCUCAGCGUCAAACUUAUGAGUUGUAUGCUGUUAGCAAUCAUUAUGGCAGCAUGGCGAGUGGGCAUUAUACUGCUUACAUAAAGCUCUUGGAUGAGAACAGGUGGUACAAUUUUGAUGAUAGCCAUGUUUCUGCCAUCAAUGAGGAAGAAGUGAAGUCAGGUGCAGCUUACGUGCUGUUCUACAGAAGAGUUGGAGAAGCAGAUGGAGCAGCAAGCAAUGGAACCCAGUCAUGUGUGAAACGAAGCCGCAGAUCUAGCCAAAGAUAAUCUGAGUUGUUGCAUAGCUUCGCAAGUUUAGAAGAACCCUUUCGGUUCCUUUUUUGUGUGUGGAAUUGCAAGGUUUUGGUGUGAGACCAUAGGAUAUUGCGGCUAUACAGCUUGGACGGAAAAGGUGCGAGGAAUACCAUUAGAAGUUGGCUGUAUCAAUACAGAUGGGAAUGAUGAGAACAUAGCGAAUGGUUAACUAGGUGGAUAUUGCUGCGGCUAUAUAGCUUGGGCAGAGCGUAGGUUUGCUUGUCAUGUUCAUCUUUCUAGAAGAGAAAUAAAAGGGGGGCCAUUAGGUUACACCGUUUUGUUCAAGUUGAUUGGAGUUUUAUAUUUCAUAGUUAUAUGUACGUAGCUAGCGUACACCUUACUGUUUUUAUCAUUAAUGCUAUGCCACCUGACAUUGUUUUA